AUGGCACAAGGCAAUAAUAACAACGCAGGAAACAACUCACCCACUGGCGGUGACCGUGGUGUUGACGCCCUUUGGGCAGCUUUGCAAACACAAGGCAACCGUAUCCAAGAAAUCCAUAAUAUCCUUGCUAAUAUUAGCUUGAGACUUGAUGGACAGAGAGUUCCUCCAGCAGUAAACCAUGCUAGGAAUCAACCAGUUGGUGAACAUGUGCAAGGUUACCAACCGCAAGUUAACCCUCGUGCUUACAGAAGCAGUAGCGACUCUGAUGAAGAUGACCAAGUACCAGCCCGCAGGCAAAACUAUCAUCGACCAAAAAUUGAUCUACCCACCUUCGAUGGAAAUCUUAACAUUGAAGCUUUUUUAGAUUGGUGUUAUGAAGUUGAACAAUGCUUUGACAUGUUAGAUAUACCAGAAGAACGACAAGCAAAGUACGUGGCCCAUAAGUUAAGAGGAGGAGCUGCAGCAUGGUGGGAAGUCACCCAAAAUAAUAGGAGGAGACAAGAAAAACAAGUAAUUACCACUUGGAGGAAGAUGAAGAAAUUAAUGACAACAAGGUUCUUACCUCCAGACUAUCAACAACAACUAUUUCAGAGGUACCAAAAUUAUUCUCAAGGAUCUCGGAAUGUCAAUGAAUAUACUGAAGAAUUCUACCGAUUAGGAGCACGUUGUAAUCUCUCCGAGACCCCGGAGCAACAGACAGCUCGUUACAUCAACGGGCUGAGAUUUAACAUCCGAGAGAGAAUGACGUUAGCACCUAUCUGGUCUGUGGAUGAAGCUUACAACAUGGCUAUAAAAGCAGAAAACAUCUUGACUCAAUCCAGCCAAAGGAAAUCGUAUGCUACAGCAACAUCACGCCCUAUAAGUAACUCUCCUGCUCAAAACUUCACUACCAGGCAGUCUGGUACCCAUUCUACUCAACCUGUAGCACCUUCCGAGUCGGGAUUCCCAAAGGCCCAGCGACAAAGACAGAAUAAUGAGGUACUUACUCGAAAUACUAAUCCUUAUGCAAAGCCUAUGACCGGAAAAUGCUUUAAGUGUGGAGAACCAGGUCACCGUUCAAAUGAGUGCCGAUCCCGUCGUUCUGUUAAUUUAAUAGAGGAAAACGAAGAAGAUGAGGAUGGAGAAGAAGAGAGUUACAUUGAAGAGAUUGUUGAGGAAGAUGGGGAACAUGUGAGUUGUGUUGUGCAACACCUCUUGUACACUACAGAAGAUAAAAGUCCUAAUCAACGCAACAAUAUCUUUAGAGCAUAUUGCAGUGUCCUGGGAAAAGUGUGCAAACUUAUUAUUGAUAAUGGUAGUUGCGACAAUAUUGUUUCAAAAACUCUGGUGCAGCAUCUUAGUCUACAAACACUGCCUCACCCUCGGCCAUACAAAAUGGGGUGGAUAAAGGAGGGACCGUCUGUCUCUGUUACAGAAAUAUGCCAUGUCCCUAUUUCAAUCGGCAAGAGUUAUGAAGAUACGGUAAGAUGUGAGGUCAUUGACAUGGAUGCAUGCCAUGUUUUACUAGGCAGACCCUGGCAGUUUGAUGUUGACGCUACUCACCAUGGAAGGCAGAACAACUAUUCCUUUGUUUGGGGUAAAAAGAAAAUUUUCAUCCCACCAGCCUCAUGGGAAACUUCAACGAGAAAGAAAACUUGUGCUGUCACAAUCUCACAUAAUUGGAAAGAAUUUAUUGUAGAAGCCAAUGAACUCCAAACCAUAGUUAUGGUGGUAAUGAAAGAGAGUAAACAUGGAACUUACCAACUACCAACAGAGUUAUUUGGCUUAUUGUCUGAAUUUUCUGAUGUAGCCCUUGAUGAUCUACCGGGAGGACUACCACCAUUACGCGAUGUACAACAUCAAAUAGAUUUGCAACCAGGGGCUAGUUUACCCAACCUUCCACACUACCGGAUGAGUCCAGAGGAGCAUGAUAUGCUGACUGAACAAGUGAAAGACCUCCUUCAAAAGGGACUCAUCAGAGAGAGUAAGAGUCCUUGUGCAGUUCCUGCCUUGUUAGUUCCGAAAAAAGAUGGGAGUAUGCGAAUGUGCAUUGAUAGUCGAGCUAUCAAUAAAAUAAUAGUGCGUUAUCGGUUUCCCAUCCCUCGUCUUGAUGACAUGCUCGACCAACUUCAUGGGGCGUUUGUUUUCUCUAAAAUAGACCUUCGAAGUGGAUAUCAUCAAGUUCGAGUUAGGCUUGGAGAUGAGUGGAAAACCGCGUUUAAAACAAGAGAUGGGCUCUAUGAAUGGCUUGUGAUGCCUUUUGGAUUGUCAAAUGCGCCAAGCACGUUCAUGCGACUAAUGAAUCAAGUCCUUCAGCCUUUUAUCGGCAAAUUUGUUGUCGUAUAUUUCGACGACAUCUUAAUUUACAGCAGAAACCAUGAAGAGCAUUUGGACCACCUACACCAAGUAUUCAUGGCCUUACGAGAAAAUAAGUUAUUUAUCAACUUGAAGAAAUGUUCUUUUCUAACCAAUGAGCUGGUGUUCUUAGGUUAUGUGGUGGGCAGCGAUGGAAUACAAGUUGACAAGGCCAAGAUAAAUGCCAUCCAAGAAUGGCCAAUCCCUAAAACAAUUGGAGAAGUCCGGAGCUUCCAUGGUUUGGCGUCAUUCUACAGAAGGUUUAUUCGAGACUUUAGUACGGUUGCAGCGCCACUCACUAAUUGCAUGAAGCAGGGGAGGUUCAAAUGGGAUAAAGAUGUAGAAUUCAGCUUCAAUUCACUCAAGGAAAAACUCAUCAAUGCCCCUGUCUUGGCGUUACUAGAUUUUUCAAAGCCAUUUGAAUUACAAUGUGAUGCAAGUGGCGUGGGCAUAGGGGCAGUACUCUCACAAGGUGGAAGGCCAAUAGCUUUUUAUAGCGAGAAAUUAAGCUCAGCACGUGAAAAGUGGUCCACUUAUGAGCAAGAAUUGUAUGCUGUUGUUCGGGCUCUUCACACUUGGAGACACUACUUACUCUCUCAAGAUUUUGUCAUAUAUACAGACCAUGAAGCACUUAAAUAUUUUCGGAAUCAAAAGCACAUCAACCGUAUGCAUGCCAGGUGGUCUUCAUUCCUAGAAUAA